GAUUUCGAUUAGAUUUAUCUUUCACCCGUUAGGAAAAAAGCUAAAGUUUUGUGAAUACAGUGGUUUAUGUUCUUGUUCGAGGAUUAUUGAUUAUAGAUAAGCCACAAUGAGCCGUCCAGCUAUCUUGCAGCACAUCAGGCGAGCGCACUCAGCUACUUGGAAAAAUAACCCAAAUCUUGACAAAAUAAUCCGCGUAGACCACGCCGGCGAGCUCGGCGCGGACCGUAUUUAUGCGGGGCAGAUGGCUGUCCUCGGCAACACGGCCGAAGGACCCACAAUCAAGCACAUGUGGGAACAGGAGGUCAAGCACCGCGAGCGCUUCGAACAGUUAAUAAACGAAUACAGAGUGCGACCAACAGUGCUCACGCCGAUAUGGAACGUUGCUGGCUUCGUCCUUGGCGCAGGCACCGCCCUAAUGGGCAAAGAAGCCGCCAUGGCCUGCACCGUAGCCGUCGAGACCGUCAUAGUCGAACACUACAACGACCAGCUCCGGACCCUCAUGGAGGACCCCAACGUGGACCCCGAGAUCCUGGCCACCAUCACCAAGUUCCGUGAUGAGGAGCAGGAGCACCACGACACAGGGAUAGACCAUGGAGCAGAGCAGGCGCCCUUCUAUAAGGCGCUCACUGAGGUCAUAAAGGCCGGCUGUAAGGGGGCUAUCGCUAUUUCUAAGAGGAUUUAAGUUCCUGUAACGUCUAACUCUAUAUUAGGUAUAUGUAACAUCUUUACGAAAUAUUUUGUAGCACAUUUACGAAGUCUUUUUAUUCCGAAUUUACGACACACGAAUUUCUUGAAUUUCUUCAUUGCAAUAGAUCAAUGUUGAUUACAUUUCGUUAAUAGGGGAUAUUACUGCAAUGUUCUGCCACCAAAGUGCAGCACUAGCCUUUUUAGUAAACCAUAGAGUAACUUAUACAUACUGUACCUUUAACAGGUUUUUGACAAGUUUUUAAAGAUAAUGAAAUAUGACAUUGAUGCAUCAAGGCGGUUUGUUUACAGAGGACCUACCGGGAAACGCGAAUCUGAAAUUUCGCUAUUUGCCUCUUUAUCACUCGAAUAUGCAAAAGUGACACAUAGAUGUUAGAUAACGAAAUUUCGAUUUUCUUGUUUCGUGAUAGACCCUCAGAUUGUGGUAGUGGCGCCCCCUGCGCAGAGUUUCGAGUAAUAUUCCCUAUACGUUAAAUAUAUCGUCAGAUGACAAACGUCACAAACGAAACUCACUAAUUGCAAAAAAAUUAUUAAACAAAAAUCGGCAUUGUUUUGGUGCUAUUACGGUUCACUAAGAGCGGGGGCAGACGGACUGCAAUCCGGAGGCAAUUUGUAUGGAAACUGCACGCCGCCUGCACAGUUUCCAUACAAAUUGCAGACGAGUUGCAGUCCGUUUGUUACCGUUACCGGCCGUAAAGGUCGGAACUUGUGGAAAUUAGUGAGUUUUGGUUGUCACCUGACGAUAUAAAGAUAUUCAUAAUAAAUAAGUUUACACAUAAUUACGAGUAUU